GGCAGGGAACUAGGAUGGCAGUGGAGCAGGGUGACAGAGGAGCAAGGCGGCAGUGAAACGGAAGGGUGACAAGAGAGCAGGGUGGCAGGAGAGUGAGCUGGGUUGGGGUGGCUGAGGAGGGACAAUAACUGCUGGGAGGGAGGUGCUAGGCGGUAGCUGUGUGAGAACCAGUUUGCGAGGUCCAGAUUGGCAGCAGAUCCUGAACCAGGAGGAGCUGAGCAUCCAUACGGCCCCUGCCGAGAUCAGACGCGACGACAGCGACUCGGUUUGGGGGAAGAAAUUGGAGGCGGGGGAAGCUUUUUUGCUGAAAUGAAAUUUGAACCCCAAAGUGGGAGGGAAGUGGAGGUGGGGGGCACGGCUCUCUCCACAUGGUUAUUACUGCUGUUUUCCACCCAGCUGAAAGGAGAAUGUAGCUUAAUAUGGACCCGCGGGGAGGAGAAGCACUCGGGAACGGGGAUUUGGCAGGAGGGAGCUGGGAAACAGCGAGAGGAACGUAGAGAUGGGAGCUCGGUCGCCUGCCAGCCCCUCGCACUGGAGAACGGUGCCAGCCCGCCAGCCGAGUGGUUCCCGCGUGCCCAGGGCUCCGGCCCCCGCCAGCCCGGCAGCGACGGCGACAGCAGGAGCUUCCGAGUGAACCUGUACUGCAAACACCCCCGGAACAGAGAGCUCAAGUGCAAUAGCAGGAGCAGCAGCAAAGCCGAGGGUCCUGGUGUCACCUUCCCUGACCCCCAUGUCAGCAACUGCUCGGCCAAGCGGCACGCGGGGGAGGAGGAGGUCAGGAUGCGCGUGAAGCCCCCGGGCCCAGUGGUAACGACCAGCGUUGUGCGUGGCUCGCCCGACUACGUCCGAGAGCCCAAGUUCUACCCGCCGGGACACCCGGUGCAGCGGCCCCCCGCCUGCCCGGCCGAGAAGGCGUUGUCCUGCAGUGUGCUCAGCUUCCCUGAGGGGUCGUGCCCCGCGCUCGGCCGGGAGCACCAGGCAGGCUCGCUGCUGCACGGCGACCCGGCCGACCGCUGCCAGAGCGUCCACGGGGGCACCAAGGCGGCCGAGGACCUGCUGGGCUGCGCCGGGGAGCCCCGGAUCCUGGGGGGCAGCGCAGAGGAGGCAUCUGCCCGCGAUCGGGCUCCCAAAACCUUCCCCAACGCGACGCUGGCCUCGGGCCGCUGCAACGUAGACGGCAUCCUCGCCUUGCUCCGGAGCAAGUGCGGCAACGGGCACAUCAACCUCCACCCUGUGGUGCAGCUCAUCGACAUCAUGAAGGACCUCAACCGCCUCUCUGAGGACCUAAAGAACAGCGGGGUGCACCUGGACUGUGGCAGCCUCCGUGGCGGCGGCGGGGCUCACGAGGACAGCCGCCUCCUGCCCGCUGACCGUGACCUCCAGUACAGCUUCUUCUCCUCGCCCUCCCUGGCCAACAGCAUCCGCAGCCCCGAGGAGCGGGGGGUGCUCCUCAAAUCCGACCCGUCGCGGCAUCCCCGGCCCCCAGCGCGUGACGGAGAGGCUGACGGAGGCGGGGGGAGCACCCCGCAGCCCCCAGGACACGGUGUGGGUGUGGGAGAUGUCUCCAAAGCUCCGGCAGAUGAAGCUGGUUGCUCCCAGCCCGAUGCCAGCGAUUACUCGGAACUGGCCGAGGCGGACAUCCUGAACGAGCUGGCCUCCCUGGCUUGCCCAGGGACGCAGCUGCUGGAGUCGCAGGCGAUGGAGCCGCAGCCCCAGUUGCUGCCAGCCCAAGAGCUGGACUCCCAAUCCCGGCUGUUGGAUUCCCAGUCCCUGGAGUCACAGCCCCAGCUGCUUGAUUCACAGAGCCUGGAGCCGCUGCCAGAGUCGCUGGAGCUGCAAAACCUGGAGCCGUUGGGGCUGCAGUCGCUGGAGCCGCUCUCUGAGUCUCUGGAACUGCAGUCGCUGGAGCCUCUGUCCGAGUCGCUGGAGCUGCAGUCACUGGAGCCACUGGCAGAGCCUCUGGGGCUGCAGACCCUGGAGCCGCUGCCCGGGGCGCUGGAGCCCUCGCUGCUGCCCACUGAGCCCUCGCUGCUGGAGCCACAGCCGCUGGGAGCCGUCUCGGAGCUGCUGGAGGCACAGCCGGGCACUGGGGACCCUCUGCGGCCCCACGGGCUGCAGCCCCGGCUCGGGGGGUGUCCCCUGAGCGCGAUGGUGAAGCGGGGUCCCUGCGGGGGCCGGGGGGCCGGGCGGUGUGGCGAAGACCACCGCAAGUACGCCCUGCGCCGGACUGAUAAGCCAAAGAUGCUGUGCCGCCGGAGGAGGGCGGGGCGAGGGCGCCGGGUGGACAUCACCCCUGAGAGCCACGUCCUGUCCCCCCUCACCCUGCCCGCUGAGCUGCCCCCCGGGCCCGAGGAGCCUGACACCCCGGUGCUGAGCCCCCCACCGCCAUCGCCUCCCACCACGCUGGACCCCAACGAGAUGCCCAAAGCCCCCACGGCAGGGAAGAAGAGCAAGUGCCGGGGGGUGAGGAAGAUGGUGGUGAAGAUGGCCAAGAUCCCCGUGUCCCUGGGGAGGAGGAACAAGACCACCUACAAGGUGUCAUCGCUCAGCAGCAACUUGAACCUGGAGGGGAAGGAGCUGGCAGCCAGCAGCUCCAUGGAGCCCACGCCACUGCUCAAGAUGAAGAACAAUGGGCGCAACGUGGUCGUGGUGUUCCCCCCUGGCGAGAUGCCCAUUAUCCUGAAGCGCAAGCGGGGCCGGCCUCCCAAAAACCUGCUGCUGGGCCAAACCAAGCCCAAGGAGCCCACCCCUGAAGUGAAGAAGAGGAGGAGGAGGAAGCAGAAGCUGGCCUCGCCCCAGCCCUCCUACAUCGCCGACACCAAUGACAGCAAAGCCGACUACUCGGAUGUGUUGGCCAAGCUGGCCUUCCUCAACAGACAGAGCCAGUGCUCGGGGCGCUGCUCACCGCCCCGCUGCUGGACCCCCAGCGAGCCCGACUCCAUCCACCAAGCCCCCGACACCCAGAGCAUCUCCCACUUCCUGCACCGUGUCCAGGGCUUCCGCCGGCGCGGCGGCAAGGCGGGGGGCUUCGGUGGGCGCGGGGGAAGCCACGCUGCCCGCGCCGCACGCUGCUCCUUCAGCGAUUUCUUUGAGGGCAUCGGGAAGAAGAAGAAGGCCCCCACUGCCCUCCACGCUGACCCCGUGCACCCCCGCAAGCGCGGCCGGCUGGAGCCCGACCCCGUGGGCAAGCCCAAGCGGAAGCGACGGGCACGCAAGAACGGGGCACUGUUCCCCGAACCCAGCUCCGGGCAGAGCUUUGGGGACGGCCCCGCCACAGAGUGGGGCGGGGGGGAGAAGGGCAGCCCCUGGGCCCCCCACCACGGCCACCCCGGCGGCCAGGCUGGACGCAACGGUGGCUACCAAGGGGCCGAGGCCAGACCCUUCCAUGCUGCGGGGUUGGAGUCGGGCUCCUCUGGCCGCGCCGGUUUCUACGCCGGCAGCGCACCAUCCUCGCAGGCAGAGACCGGUCCGGAGCGGCACAGCCUCUUCACCGGCUACUUCCGCUCCUUGCUGGACUCCGAUGACUCCUCCGACCUGCUGGACUUUGCCCUCUCCGCGUCCCGCUCCGAGUCCCGUAAGUCGGCGGCUGCCUACACGGCCCCCCCGGCCGCGCUGCCCGGCCAGCGGGGCAUGGCUGCCUACGCUGCCCGCGGCGGCAAAGUGCCGGCGGCCAGCCCCGGUGCCGAGGCCUUCCACGCGGCCAUGCAGGGUCGGCCAGCGUUCCCGCCCGGCCGCGCCUCCAGCGGCUACGGCGUGACCCAAGGCUCGGCAGAGUGCCGGGGCACCGAGUCCUUCCCCAAACUGGCCCCGCCGUCGGCUGUGUCCCGGUCGCCCACGGCUCACCCAGCGGCCAGUGGCACCCCGGGCUACUCCCCGUACGGCAGCUAUGGCAGCGCCGGGCAGAGCGUGGCACCGGCCAGCGUGUUCCCGCCAGGGAAGCAGUACCCAUCAGCACAGGACUGCCCCAACAGCAAGGACUGCAGCUUCGCCUACGGCAGUGGCAGCAGCCUCCCGUCCUCACCCAGCAGUGCCCACAGUGCCGGCUACGCGCCACCGACAGCUGGUCCCAGUCUGCCCCUGGGAAAAGCCGCCUUCUUCAACAGUGCCGAGCAGGGGGGGCAGUUCUCCAGCGCCGCGCACACGCCCCUGCGCUGCGACAGCCGGGCCAGCACCGUCUCGCCCGGCGGCUACAUGGUGCCCAAGGGGUCAGCGUCCUUCCAGCCCUCACCUGAAAACUGCCGGCAGUUCCCCAGUGCCGCGCCGUGGGCCUUCCGGCAGGGCUACGGCGGCUUGGAUUGGAGCUCAGAAGCCUUCAGCCAGCUCUACAACCCGGGCUUCGAGUGCCACCUCAAUGAACCCAACGUCAUCCUGGACAUCUCCAACUACACCCCGCAGAAAGCCAAGCAGCAGACGGUCUCCGAGACCUUCUCGGAGUCCUCCUCUGACAGCACCCAGUUCAACCAGCCGGCUGGUUACCGGCGCGCCAACAGCGAGGCGUCCUCCAGCGAGGGCCAGUCCAGCCUCUCCAGCCUGGAGAAGCUGAUGAUGGACUGGAAUGAGGCAUCCUCUGCUCCUGGCUACAACUGGAACCAGAGCGUCCUCUUCCAGAGUAACUCUAAGCCCGGUCGAGGCCGACGGAAGAAGGUGGACAUGUUCGACACCUCCCACCUGAGUUUCUCCUCCUCUUCCUCUUCUUCCUCCGUGUACCCCUCCAAGAGGAACACUGGACCCCGUCAGCCCCGGGGCUCCCGAGGGGCUUGUGCCUCCAAGAAGGAGAGGGGUACAGGCAAAGCCAAGUUCCCCACCAAGUCACAGGCGGUGAACCCCCUCUUCCAGGACAGCACGGACCUGGGCUUGGACUACUACAGCGGGGACAGCAGCAUGUCCCCCCUGCCCUCCCAGUCCCGGGGCUUCGGGGUGGGGGAGCGGGACCCCUGUGACUACACCGGCCCCUACUCCAUGAACCCCUCCACCCCCUCGGAUGGGACCUUUGUCCAGGGGUUCCAGAGCGACUCCCCCGGUUUGGGGCAGCCGGAUUUGGAGAGCAAGCACUUCCCUGCCCUCCCGCACCAGCUGGCGGCCCCCGGCCAGCAGACUGUGUUCGAGGCCGGUUUGCAGAAAGCCUUCUCGCCCAACUGCUCCCCGACCUUGGCCUUCAAGGAGGACCUCCGGGCGGGCAGCAUCCGAAAGCUGCCCGCCUGCGACUCGCUCAAACACAGCAUGCAGGGGGGGGCCCUGCCGCACGCCCCGCACCUGGCCUGCCGCGACCUGCCCAUGCCUCAAGCGCACUAUGACUCCCCCAGCUGCAAAAACCCCCCGUACUGGUAUUCCCCCAACGCCAGCACCCGCAGCCCUUCCUACGACGGCAAGGCGGGCGCUGGCAUGCUGGUAGACUUCAUGGGCAGGACGGACCCCCCAUGUCUGAACCCCCACUUGAGCAGCCCGAGCAGCACCCACCCCUCCAAGGGCGAGAAGGAGCCCUUGGAGAUGUCCCGGGCUCACCACCGAGGACCCUACGCUUGUCCCUUGAUCAAUGACUUGAACAUCUCCCCCGUACCAAGAGACUCAAUGUUGCAGCUGCAGGACAACUACAGGUACCCCAGUUUUGCACCCCAAGGGCACCCCGUCAUGGCCCCCACCCAGAAGAGCGGGUUUUUGGGACCCAUGGUAGAGCAACAGCACCCUGAGGACACUUUUACGGUCACCUCAUUGUAGUGUCUGCUGACGUGCCAACGGGACAACGAGGUUUUGUUACAGGGUAGGUGGGGGAGAACCUGGGAGUGAGGGUGGCAGAAGGGGACACAGGGGACCCUCAGGGCCCUUCUCAUCGUGUCCCCCUCUCUCUCCAUGUUGUGUUUCUCUUUCAGAGGUAAUUUAGCCAGCACUUUUUUCUGGAACACUUUUCAAGUUCUGUAUUUAACUGGGAUUGGAACCGUUUGUUUGUUUUCUUAAAAAAAAAAAAAAAGGAAAAAAAAAAAGAAAGAAAAA